AUGGGCCGCACAGCGUUGUCGUCCGUUGCGGUAUGUUUCGGCAUUUUCAAGGGGGUCAGUGCCUCAUCAUCCGGUAUGGAGCUCACGACCGUACUACGGCGGGUUUUAUCCAUUCCCGCAGGAUCCUUGUUUUCCCCAAGUCCUCCCGUAAUGAUGCUAUGGAAGGAACGUCCAGAAGAACGGUUAUUCGUGUGCGCGCUCUCCCGUUCCCUACAUUUCGGAUACCACAUCGGUGCUUAG